AUGCCCGUUGACCCUCAGGCUCAAUGUUGCAAUACCUGCAAAAUGGCACCAUCAGACCCUCAUCGGUGGACAUACACAGACUAUGUGUGUUUCCUACGGAGCCAUGGCUUCCACAACCUCGCCUGCCUUGACGAAUAUCUGCAGUGGGGAGUGGACGCAAUUCGAAACCCCAGUAUUCAACGGCCUCAGCGCUCAACAGCAAUCCUCCUGGAAUUCGGAACGACAAGCUUCAGGACAUCUGAUCUUUCGGACGCCACGAAACUCAGGGUACUUUUGAAGGAGUGGACUAAGAAGCCCUCAGGGAAUGCCCCGGCACAACCGCCAUCUGGUGUCCAUGGUCGCAUCGUUAUGGUCAACAACAUCAGCCCUGAAAUGAUCGACAGUCUUGGGGGCCUGCUCAACAUUGAGCCCGCAUUUUUCGCUUCUCAUCUUGCCGAUCAUGGCAUUGGAGGCAUCGGAGAGGUUGACACUACUUCUCCGUUGGCGUCGCAGAAUCUGCGUCAUCAAAAUCAAUUCUUUACCAUUGAAUAUCCGUGUGUCUUUGUUCCGAUCAAUUGCGGAAAGGACGUUGACCUCGACAAGCUCUAUUGUAAGUGGAACUAUCGUCGACGGGUUGAGAUAUGCUUGAAGCACGGUAAACAGAAGGUAGCUCUGGCUCGUCGGAAGAUAUCCUUCUAUAUGAAGAAAUCCCUUGAUUCAUGGUUAUGUAUUGUUCUCGUGGAUCCUCCAAUGACACAUUUCACCCUUGGCCUUGAAUCCAUGUUUGGGACAUUCUCUCCUACCCAGCGCCUUGAUGUAGCAGGCUAUCAAGGCGGUUAUCUGGAUUUCAUCGAACACAAACCACCCCCUACUAAAGACGAGCACGACUACCGGGAAUGCGGUCCACGACGGAUGUGCCCCAACCCAUUCGACGACCUCUGUCGACACUGGCAGAUAUUGGCUCGCGAUGGUGUCAUCGGGCCGGCUGAGAAGAAUGUUCUCACCAUCAUGAGACCGGCAUUUCAAAUCGCUGCGAGUGAAUGCAGCAACUUCUUCGACUACAUCCGCUCCACGCUAGAAAGCCAGCACAUCUCGACCGCUCUGUCAACCGAUUCGUCUAAGAUGAAGAGGAUCCUCGACAAGUGCAUAUCUUUGGACUCCAUGUUGAGUCGAUAUAAACCGAUACUCACUCGCAUCAAGUCCUACGUUAGCAAGGACACGGACCUGACCGAGGAUUACCGCAGUCUUCUGAUCGACUUGCACCACUACCGUGCGGAGUGUGACUCCCAGAUGCAGCACAUUCUCGCCGUUUCACAGUGUCAGGACACCGGAUCCCUCGUUUCCAUUGAAAGUGAAUCUAUCCGUCAAGCCGACUAUUCGCGGUACCUCACAAUCAUAGCCUUGUUAUACGCCCCCUUUGCGCUCGCCUGCGCCAUUUUCAGCAUGCCGCACGAUUUUGCCCCUGCCGCACACUACCUCUACGGAUUUUUGCCUGCCACUGCCGGUGUCGCUCUCGUGUUCUUGUUUCUGGUUCUCCCCGAAGCGAGAGAUCCCCUGCCGAGCCUAAAGGCCGCUUUAUGUGGUGGGCUAACCAGGAAGAAAUUGCUUGCCAAAACAAGCACCCGCAGCGUACCAUCAGUGGUAAAUGAGAAACAAUACACCGAGGAUGUCUGA